AUGAAUCCCUCAGGAUUAAUUCCAAAUGCAUCUUAUGCAAAUGAUGGUAGAAGACAACAAACUUUCACUACCAGAUCAAACUCGAAUUUUAUCAGACAUUAUGGCAAUCGAGAUUCAAGAGAACGAUCAAGUUCACACCAUCGUCAUUUUCAUGGAAAACGUAAUUCUACAACUUUUGAUACGACAUCUGAGAGUCCACCAAUCAAACGACCACGUUUACCUCCUGUUUCAUAUCCAACCCUUACUAAGUUACUCGAUAAAUCACCAGAGAAGAUUCUUACUGAAAUGCUUGAUCCAAAUUUUCAAUUAAACAAAUUUUUAAAUGACAAACGUAUGCAAGAAAGAUACGAUUGGAUUUCUUCAAUGACAACAUUACUUGAAAAGAUAACACAUUGUAUUGAAUCACGGGAACGUAUCACAAUGAUCUUAGAACAAUUACCAGACACCGCUUAUCUCGAAGGUGUUUAUAAUGAAAUUCGAAAAAUUGAUCCUAAUACAAAUCAAUUCAAUUUCAAAUUGAUUGAAUUAUUUCUUAAAAUAUCGAAUACAUUUCUUGCGAUGAUACCUCAUUCAGCUGAUGGUUUUACCAAAAUCUUUGAUCGGAUUGAAUUACAAUUCACUAAAAAUAAGUUUGAAUCACGUGAAUUCGAAGAUGCCAAAGAAAUACUUGAUCAAGUACUUGAACGAGUCAAAGAUACCGAAAAACUAUAUACCACGAAUAAGAUUACUACUACGCAAAAUUAUAUUGGUCAACCACCGAAUCAUUAUCGUGAAUUACAUAUCGUCCCCGAUCUAACCGAACUUUUAUCUGAACAACGACCAUAUCUUCGAAAGAAUAUUGUUGAUGGCAUUUAUGAAAAUGCUGAGCAAUAUCUUGAUAUUCAUUUCCGUCUCUUGCGUGAAGAUUUUAUUGGCCCAUUACGUGAUGGUAUUCGACAACAUUUAUCCAAAGUUAAAAGCAAAAAUUAUAAUGUGCGAAUCUAUGAAAAUGUUCAAUCACUUGGCUCACGAUUGACUCCACAAAACGGACUUGUUUAUGAUUUACGUUUAGAUGCAAAACUAGCAUCAAGAAUUCGUUGGGCUAAUAGUCAACGUUUAAUCUAUGGAAAUUUAUUACUUCUUACAUUUGAUAAUUUUCAAUCAUGUGUAUUUGCCACAAUCAAAGCAUUAGAAGAUUUUGAUCAUUCCGAACGAAAUCAAAUUAAUCUUGAUAAAAUCGAUGCAUCAUGCCGUUUAACAAUGAUUGAAACAAUGACAUAUUUCGAAGCAUAUCGACCAGUUCUAAAUGCAUUACAAAUGAUACCUUCUAGUGAGAGAUUUCCUCUUGCUUCAUUUCUUCUGAAAUUAUCGAAUGUAAUGACACCACCAGAUUAUAUUAAGCCAACAACAACAUAUGAUUUUACACCACUUCUUAUUGAUCCGAAUUAUCGAAUCAAUUAUAAACAAUCACAUCAAGUGGAGAAAAAAUAUAAAACAGUUCCAGUACUUGAAAAAGAUCAAUGGCCAACAUGUGAACAAUUACAUCUCAAUCCAAAACAAUACGAGGCUUUGAUUCUAGCUUUAACCAAUAAAGUUGCAUUGAUACAAGGACCACCAGGCACUGGAAAAACAUAUCUUGGUGUACGAAUAACAGAAAUGCUCUUACAUAACCGAUCAGUUUGGCGUCGAUCUGGUGAACAACCAACACCUAUUCUAAUGAUCUGUCAUACCAACCAUGCACUUGAUCAAUUUUUAGAAUUAAUUGUCAAUCGAUUAAACAUACAGAAUGGUUUAAAC